AUGGUUUUACGAAGAAUUAGAACAGGUGUUCUCAUCUGCCUUAUUUUAGCCCUCUCCGCCAUGGUGAUACUCAUAUCACAUGUGAUCCCGGGAAGGGGAACUUCGCUACCUUGGUUCUACAAAACCUCCCAAGUCUCAGUUAGCAACCACAGCACUGCAAGACCUGUGACAAACAAAGAGAUCUUAGGGACAACAAAGCACACCCCAGAUACCUCAGUAAGUGUGUUCGUGAGGAUGUCUGGCAAACGACCAGAUCACAGGCAACGUUAUUUGUGUAACGUUUUCAGGACUUCCGUUCUCUUCUGGCCUCCUUCCUUUGGAAAUUUAGUCGUAGGACUUGAUGAAGAAUCACAAGAGGAUCAUGAAUUUGCCGAAAAAUUAAAAACACUUGUCCAAAAAUACUUUCCUGAUCGUAGACUUGAAUUCUUUUAUGAGGCCCUUCCAAAGGACAAAGGAACUCUGGAGUUUCAAGGCUCGCCUAAGAAACCCGGUUAUAACAGACAGCUUUGGAGCAGUUUUUUCAUCGACCUACUUUCAAAUGACACCGUUAUUGCUUGGAUGGACAGUGACUCAGCUUUUUUUACCCCAGUAACUAAGUCCACAAUUUUUAAUGGGACAAAGGUACGAGCCUUAGGCUCCGCCUGCACAUUCUACAGGAGUUGGGUACAUAAAUGGGCAGAUACUACUAAACAGGCGCUAGGAUUACCAUUUGUCGCUGAUUUUAUGACGUAUUUUCCGGUAUAUAUGUACCGAGACACGGUCACUCACUGCAGAGAGCAUAUCCUAAAACAUUUAAAUACAAAUAACUUUGAGGAGGCCUUCAGAAAGUUUUACACGACUUUCAUCUCUCCAGUCAGCAUCAUCCUCUCUUAUGCAUGGUACUUUGAGAGAGAUCGCUACGACUGGAAUUUUGAAAUGUGCGCUGACCUAACAGAAUAUAAUAAAAGAUUUCCAAGUGGCCACACCAUUAGGCCCGAAGAUAUAGAAACUGUUCUUUCCGAGCCUCAAACAGGUUAUCAUGGUAACGCUGGGUUGGCUCUCAACGAAAAUGUCCUUACCAGUUAUUGCUUAUCACACAAAGCAGCAGGAAAUAAUUUGGAUAUAUGUUCUAAUCAUUCCGUGUCGGCAAGCGAUAAUUUACCCUUUUUCGUCCACGAUCUUCAGGGAGGUCUUGAUAAGCACCCAUGUAAAGGUGACCUUACCAAUACCUGUUUGCAAGUUCUAGAGCGACAUUAUAACCAAGUCGGACUUGAGAUAAAACAAGGCCGUAAGCUAGAAUGGAGCAGUUUAGAAACUGCCGAUGCGCUUGCCAGCGAAUUUGGUAUAACAUGUCCGCCGAUUACAGUUUGA